CUGGCUCACUAUCGCGCCAACCGCACUUUACUGGCGUUACCCGCGGCCGCUACAGACAUGCCGUCACAACCCAACUCCAAUUUGGUGAUAAAGAGGCACAACAUCCGCAUUUGGUGUCAUGAGUGCGACAUGGGUCGACUGCAACGCGUUAUUUGGGAGGGACAAGGCUCGAGAUUGCUCAGCGAAGUGUCCAACCAACCGGUUGUCAAGAAGUUUCUAGAAGCCGUCCCAUACAUUAUGAACAGCAUUAAGGACAUCCACAGCGCAGUUAUUGAAAACGAUUUGGAAGGGUUAAUAAGACUUACAAACGAUCCUGUGCCACCGCAAAUUUUAUCAAGUAUUGAUGCAAAUAACAUGACAGUUUUUCAUAAAGCAGCUGGGCUUGGUCAUGGUGGGAUAUUGAAAUAUAUAAUUGAUAGGUACCCUCAAGGUAUCAAUGCCCUAGAUAAUGAGAACCGGACUCCGUUACAUUAUGCAGCCAUUGUAAAAGAUGAUAAGCAUACCUACAAAACCCUUAUUGAAUUCGGUGCUGAUGAAGGGGCGGUUGACUCAAAAAACAAAACGCCAGCGUAUUACUUAAACAGAAGCAGUGAGAUUGAUAAAAACCACCUUAAAAUUAUACCUGAAGCUCCGAGAACACCCUCUAACUCUUACCCACCAUCUUGGGAUUGGAAAAUAUUAGAUAUUAAAUACUCAGCGGAUCUAAAUAAGAAGGCAAGGAAAAAGAAAUUGAAAAGCUCGUCAGAGAACAUUUCGUCAAAGAACACAUCUAACACUAUUUCAGAAUCAACAGAAUAUAAUAAUAAUAAUAAUAACGCUAUGAAAAAUAGCAGCACACGUGAACUGAUCGAUAGGCUCCCAGAAUUAAAUGAUAGUAAUGAACAAAGUUCAAUUGUAGAAGAGCCAAAUAUAGAAGUAGUGAGCGAAAAUACACAUAGCACAGAGCCGAGUGAUAUGGAAUGUGAAGAUCGUAAAAAUAAUUUAAAUGAUGCUACAGAAUCACAAGAUAUCAAUUUAGGAGUACAAGAAAACAAAAAUGUAUCAGAAAAUGAUACAGAGUUCAGUGUUGCACCUAGCACUCCUGAUAAAUCUGAACAAAUUACUCAAAACGAUAAACUAGUUGACGGAGUAAAUGACAAGCUUACAGACAAAGCAAUGCAUAGUCCCAAUGCUGAAAAUGUUAAAAGUGAAGAAAAUACUGAAUUAAAACUUGAUGAUGACGGCAUGCAGUUAAAUCUUAUACAAGAAAACCCUAAUGCUAAAGAAGGUAAUUUUCAAGAACUCAAUGAUAUUGAUGUCGAAACCAAUGUAAAAAACAUAGCAGAUGAGGAGAGUAAUACUGAACAGCAAUCAGAAAAUCACAUAGAUCAGGGUAACCAUUUAGGAACGGCAGACACAGUCGAAAAUAUAGACAAGAAUUUUCUAUCUGAAUUAAAAACCCAAGAUGAUAAUUUAAAAGAACACCAUUACAUAAACGAAACUAAAGAUCUAAAUAAAGAGAACAAUAGUACUGACAUCCAAACCAUUGUUGAUAAUAUUCGUAAGCCCGAAGAGGAGACAUCGAUCACUUUAGAAAGUGAAGGUAAUAAUAAGUUGAAACACGGUGAAGAUGACGAUGAUGUACAAACACAAGGUGACUCACAAACGGAACACACUGACAUAUACAUAGGUACAAAGGAUACACAAAUUAAUGGAAGUGCUAUAAGAGAUGCAAGAGUCUCUUCUGGCACGACACACGAACUAUAAACAAAAUAAAAUUUACUUAUCAAUUAUAAAGGGUCCCUUACGAGUUAAAUAUUUUUGUUUUAAAAAUUAAGGGGGCGAGAGAUGUAAUACUCACGACAGUCUUAUUGAAGGUAUAGUCUGCAGUGAAGCUGAAACUGAUUCGCAAGAUGCAAGUAUAUCAAUAAAAGGAAAUACAAUUAAUGGAGAGUUAAAUACAGUAGAUACCCAAAUAGACCCAGAGG